AUGGACAGAUCUGCAGCCAUUGUGGGCACCUGUUCUUCCCGCGACCUUUGUGCCUGGGUCUCUCCUUCCACUACGUCUUGCAUGCCCCCCCCGCCCCCACCACCUCCGCCGGCCACCAUUGCCAGCAGGUAUCUUGCACAGGCCGAGGACCUGCCAGUAGGGCUCAGUUGCCUGGAGCCCGUUGAGCCCAUCCCCCAGUUCACUUUGCUUGUGGGAUCUCCCCGUUGCUCCUGCCCCUGGACUGAGUGGCAGGCCAUCCUACAAGCACCCAGACACUUGGCAUCAGUACCACAGCAAGCCAGUGCUGUGUGCUCCGAGUUCCAGGGCAUCCUGCAGCUCAGCCACUGCACUGAGCACAAGGACUCUCUGUGGGGCCCAGGAGCAGGAAGUCACCCCUUUGGGGCCCACAACACCAGGCCGUCCCCACACUUGUGUCCAGGGAAGAUAGUGUUGAGGGCCCUCAAGGAGAGCGGGGCAGGGAUGCCUGAGCAGGACAAGGACCCUAGAGUCCAAGAGAGUCCUGAUUAUCAGAGAAGAGUCCCCGAGGUCACCGGGGAUGCACGGUCUGAAUUUAGGCCCCUGCGGGACAAUGGAGGCCUCUCUCCCAUUGUGCCCAGGCCUGGGCCUGUGCAGAGAGACCUCCAUGCCCAGAGGUCAGAAGUCAGAUAUAAUGAGAGAUCCCAGACCUCCUGGACGAGCUCGUGCACCAAACGCAAUGCGAUCUCCAGCUCCUACAGCUCCAUGGGAGGCUUCCCGUGGCUAAAGCGGAGGAGGGGGUCAGCCUCAUCCCACUGCCAGCUGACCAUCAGGUCCUCAAAGACAGCGAGUGAGGACAGGCCUCAGGCUGUCUCUUCGGGUCACACCCGGUAUGAAAAGGCAGCAGAUAUAGCACCAGGGCAGACACUCGCCCCCAGGAAUGGCUCCCCCAGAUCCCAGGCCUCUAGGCCCCGUAGACGCAAGUUUCCCCUGCUGCCACGCAGGCAAGGGGAGCCCCUGAUGCUGCCGCCUCCCUUAGAGCUGGGGUUCCGGGUCACUGCUGAAGACCUGGACCGGGAGAAGGAGGCUGCGUUCGAGUGCAUCAACAGUGUACUGCGGGGCGAGCCCAAGGCCAUCUGGGACUGCAGAGCCUCACGGCCUUCCCACACUUUGUCCUCACUUGCAACAGGGGCUUCUGGUCUGCCUGCUGUCUCUAAAGCACCCAGUAUGGAUGCACAGCAGGAGAGACACAAGUCCCAAGACUGCCUGGGCCCAGUGGCCCCCCUAACAUCUGCUGCAGAGGUCCCCUCUACAGCUCCUGUGUCUGGGAGGAAGCGCAGACCAUCAGGCUCCCUGUUCUCCUCCUCAGAUCCCCUUCCUGCCACCUCUUCCCACUCCUGGGUCUCAGCCCAGGUCACCUCGCUGAUUCCGGCCCCCUUCCUAGCUGCAAGCAUGGAUGUGGGCAUGAGAAGCCCAAGGCCUGGCACUUCUGGAGCCAGUUCUAGCCCUCCAGCCACACCCAUGGAAAUUGAGAGUAGUGAGGUGGGCCCAGGUCUGCAUUCUGGAGCCAGUUCUAGCCCUCCAGCCACACCCAUGGAAAUUGAGAGUACAGAGGUGGGCCCAGGACCCAGGGUGCGUGCCCAUCUCCAGCCCAGGGCAGCUCCCCUGUAAGCUGGGUGAGCUACUGAAGCCAUGGCGGGAGGCAGCUGACAACACCCAAGGCCCAUGCGGAGGUGGUGGAAAGGCUGGACUCAGCAGCAACACCAAAUCCCAGACCAGGCAGAAACCACCCAAGACUGAGGGGCUCGUGCCAGAGCGGUGGCCACAGGCCGGCCUUCCCUGCAGCCUGGGCUUGGCCACCGUGGCCUGAUUGAGCACUGAGGCCUCCUGGGCACCCAGCCCCAUCACUGCACCUGCCGCUUCCAGCCCCACCCCACCGGCUCAGGGCUUCUUCCCAGCGGCGC